CAUGCCCCAUGGGCUCAUGCGACAGCUUCUGUUAUUCCCUUGAAAGCUCCCGCGAAAAAUGACCGAAUCGAAUCGAAAGCAUAUCCGAGGGAAUCGCAGGUGAUCAGAAUCGCAGAUGACUCAGCGCCUGCCUGCCGCCGCCGCGAUAAACAAACUUGCUUUCUUUCUCCGACCGUCGUCUAUCUACUCACACGCGCUCUUGUACCACUUGUAAAUCCCCUCAAUCAUUUUGCUGGGACCGGCGUCUCUCCUCCGGUCAUCCCACGUUACUUUAUUGAACGAUUGAUUCCUUCCCAUCGAGGAAAACCCAAAUCAAUUAUUAGGAAAAAUGGGGAAAGAGAAACCCAAAUCAAUAACUCUCUCAUUAUUAUAUCGCAUCUGCUUCAGCCGCCGCUUCUCCAGCUCUCCUACUCCUCGAUUCCUGCUUAUAUAAAAACCCCUCGUCGGUAGCCACCACCCUCCAGAAACUCGCCACCCUCCGAAAACGCUUCGGCUCUCCAGUUCGGCAUUUCUCCCCUUGAUCUUUCGCGUUUCUCCGCGGUCCCAUCAAUGGCCGGAGCCGCCGAGGGAAACGGUCCUGCCGCCGUUGAUGCAGGGAUGGACGGUGGUGUUCCUGGGCUUUCCGCCGUGAUUCCAGGGUGGUUCUCAGAGAUCAGCCCAAUGUGGCCAGGGGAGGCUCACUCUAUGAAGGUGGAGAAAGUUCUGUUUCAAGGCAAAUCCGACUACCAGAACGUUGUUGUGUUCCAGUCAGCUACAUAUGGGAAGGUUCUUGUGUUAGAUGGGGUGAUACAACUUACUGAAAGAGAUGAGUGUGCAUAUCAAGAGAUGAUUACCCACCUCCCACUUUGCUCCAUCCAAAACCCCAAAAAGGUGUUGGUUAUUGGAGGAGGUGAUGGAGGUGUCAUUCGCGAAGUGUCUCGCCACGCUUCUGUUGAGCAGAUCGAUAUGUGUGAAAUUGAUGCCAUGGUGGUUGAUGUGAGUUUAGCCAAAUCUCCCCAUUUUCUGCUUCACACAUAUCCAUUGUUAAACUCUGUCAACCCUUUUACAGGCGUCGCUUUCCUAAAGGCGGUUCCACAUGGCACUUACGACGCUGUUAUAGUUGAUUCCUCGGAUCCAAUUGGGCCUGCAAAAGAGCUGUUUGAGAAGCCUUUCUUUGAGUUGAUUGCCAAGGCUCUUCGCCCUGGCGGUGUUGUUUGUACGCAAGCUGAGAGUUUGUGGCUGCACAUGCAUCUCAUUCAAGACAUUGUGUCUAACUGUCGUGAAAUCUUCAAGGGCUCUGUUAACUAUGCUUGGACCACUGUCCCUACAUAUCCGAGUGGAAUGAUUGGCUUCAUGCUUUGCUCCACUGAGGGCCCAGCAGUUGAUUUCAAGAAUCCGGUGACCCGUGUUGAAGGUGAAGGGAGUCACCCCCAAGUUAAAGGGCCAUUGAGAUUCUACAAUGCAGAGAUUCAUUCUGCAGCUUUCUGCUUACCAUCAUUCGUGAACAAGGCAAUUGGCUCAAAACUCCGGUGAAAGAUGGAAAAACUGGAAAGGGCUUAACAAGAACAAAUCACCGGACUAAACAACGCAUCAUGACGUAUACAUUAUAGAGAGAGUAAAGCUGUGUGUAAGCUAAGCUACUGAUUAGGGUGUAGCCAUGUUCAACAUUAUUAAGCAAUAAAAGACUGCAUUUGCUUUUGCUGAUUUCCCUCUUGUCUCUCUCAAAUAAUCUUCUCGUCUUACACAAGAUUUGUGCCCCCUUGCUUCUCCGAAUCAACUUUCUUCUCCAGAAACCUCCUUUUACAGUCGUAGUAGUAAACAGUACAAACUACCCAAUUCACCACUUCCCCAAACCAAACCAACCCGCCUUCUCCUACAGCAAUCAAAACCACCAUAGAUCCAGAUUCCUUGUUCAGAUAACCAUAGUACCCAAAUACCAUCCUCAAGAAAACCCUCCAAACCAGGAAAACAACCAUUAAUAGAAAUCCCCUGCCUCUGCAUCCCCUGCUGAUAUACCCUGCGACCCCAAUCCCAAUAUACCCGUGCUUCUCUUCCAGGAUAGACACCACCAAACCCACAUUCCAGAUCGCGCUCCACUCCAAAUACUUCACCACCAAGGCACUAGCAACUAACCCGAAAACCAUCUGAGAAAGCAAUCCGUUGACUGGGAAAGAAACCAUUUGGACGACGAACGAUACAACUCCAGCCAAUGUCAGCCAAACCAUAGCUAAGUUGUAGAUUGAUGUGAUGUAUGGCCCCCUCAAUGAACCCACUUCCUGAAAUGGCUUGAUGAACAACAUUUCCUUCAAGCUUCCGGCUUCCUUCUCCGCAUAAAUUGUCGAUGCUGAGUGAACUAGAACGAUGGUGUUUAGGACAUUCAGGAAAUGGCCGAUAGUGAGGUAUGAGAAGGCCGAGAGGGCUAGUGUUGGAGCAAGCCGCUGGAUCAAUCCCAAGGUGGAGUCUAGUGAAUACCUCGGCGGGAAAGAGCAGAGUGGCCAAUGCGUCCCGCAGAUGGGAUCGUAUACCGCAACGAAGUUGACUCCUGCUUCAUAGAUGAGCUGGUGAAGGACGAGGUGUUGCCAGAGGAAGAAGCAGAAUGCAGGGAGUGAAGUGAGGAAGGAGAGGAGAAUGAAUGUGGGAUUCUUAGCUGGGAUUUUCAACGAUUCCUUGAUAAUACCAAGGAAUUCUAGCUUGUCUUUAGUGAUUAACUCGGUGCUCUCCAUCAUUUUUUUCUGUGUUGGGUUUACUGCAUUGAUCUCUGCAGAAGAGAAAGAUGCAAGCUU